AAUGUUCCCAAAUGUCCAUGUGAAAACUUUGUAGCUCGUGCCUUUCGUGUUUAGUUUUUAUGACUAAAGUGGAAGUACAAUGAAGAUAAAACGACAAAAGCAAGCACGCAGCGCUUUGAAUAUAUACAAGCACAUAUUCAAAUUUCACGAGCCGUAUUUAGUUUUGGCCGACGGUACGUUUUGUCAAGCUGCAUUAAAAGCGAAAAUCCAAAUAAAAGAUCACAUCAGCAAGUACCUUAACACUACAGUGAAAUGCUGCACAACCAGAUGUGUGUUGGCUGAAUUGGAAUUACUAGGUAAUGAAAUGCAUGGAGCAAAGAUGGUCGCACAAAGAUUUCAACUACGAAGUUGUUCACAUCGUAACUCGCCUGUUCCUGCAGCCGAGUGUUUAAAGUCGUUAAUUAAAGACCAUGAAAGUGGCCGGUACUUUAUUGCAACACAGGAUAUGGCUUUAACGAAAAUAGCCAAAACCAUUCCUGGUGUUCCCGUUCUUUAUGUAUUUCAAUCUCACAUAGUGCUUGAUAAACCAUCGAGAGCAACUGAAAAUCACAUCAAAGCAGUUUCAAAGGAAAAGCUUUCAACAUCUGAAGCUGAGAAGAAAUCGCUAAAACUAAUGAAAGAAGAUGCAAAUAUAAUUCAUGGAGAACGAACUGUUAAACAAGGACGUAAAAGAAAACGUGCCAAAGGACCCAACCCUCUGUCCUGUAAAAAGAAAAAGAAAACUGUUUCUAACAAAAAGACUAGCUGAAUAAAGUUUUUUUUUUGUUUUAAAAAGAAUACCAUUUUUAUAUUGCAAUAUGCAAAGUGCUGCAACCCUGUGUAUUUAAUAGUUACUAUGUUAAAAUCAAAGGUAAAAUCGAAGUAUUACCAAAAAAAACAGGAUAGAACAUUUGUUAUAAAAGUGUACUUUGGGUACCUACAAAAAUAAUAAAAAAAUUCACGCAAUAAAUAUGCAUGUCAGUUA